CACUCCAGGAUGACUAGACGGCGUCAAUCGAGGAGUCAUCGACGCAUGGAGGUCACCCAACGUCUGCCGUCACCAUCCACACGAUGUCGUGUCGACGGCGCUGCGCAGCUGCCUGUCCCGUUUUCUGGGCGCCGCAAGGGCUUUCGCGACGUCUUCCACCGCAAGUGCCACCUUGACGCCAUCCCGAGCUGUUCUGUCGGAUCAUCAGUAGUAGCCGGCACCUCCGACGUCCUACCAUGCUUCUCGCUCCGGAUCGGAAGUCCUGGCUAUUCUGACUCCAGCUGCGCAGCCCUGGCUAUUCGGCAGCUGUCCUGCUAUAACAUCAAGGUACGGGCCGUCUCGGACCUAAAGGACGUCUUGCGGCUGCUCAAGCUGUUGACCAUCAUCAAUACAACUUGCAGCAUUGAAAACGUCAACCCUGGAAAGACACUUCCAAACAUAGAGAAGCAGCUGUGUGAGCACCACUCGUGUCUACCACCCCACUUAUUGUCGUCGCGAGUCUCAAAAAUGCGCAGACAUAAUGUUCAGUUGGCCGUCACUUCCGUCCUGGUGCUGUCGGCUCUGGCACUUCGAGCCACGUGUCCGGCCAGUGACGUGGCUCCGCUUCUCAACCUUGCCCUUAAAGAGAUUGUUGUGGUACUCCGACCGUACAAGUGA